ACUUGUCCCAAGGCUGGCAGAACAAACUUGCCAACAAAAACCCAACCCUGACCUUUGCAGUCCUGUCUCCUUUGGAAUCGUUAUAUUCUGCUAUUACUUCCUUCUCAAACUGUGAACGAAACCUUGCCAGGUAGGCAGCGACUAACGCCGAGGUGCUCCAAGACACGCCCCCGCCAGCGCGCCUCCGCUCUAGUCAAGGUUGGAGCAAUCUCCGGGACUCGACGCCGCUGCCAGCUCCAGCGUUUUAGGGCCAGAGGACUUGGCGCCUUUUCUUUCCUUCCCCGCAGCUCGCUCGCGAGGGUGCCUCUGCCUCAUGUUCCGCCAGGCUAUGCUGGGCCACCUGUCGUCCCGAAUGCUGCCUCUCGUGGCUGCUGUGGUACUCCAGAAGAAGGAGAGGAAAGAGACUGGCCUCUAUCACUGGCGGCGUGAGAAGCACCCUUACUACAACCUUACAGUCAAAAUCCUUCGGGCCAGAAACAUUAAAGGAACAGAUCUAUUUUCCAAGGCAGAUUGUUAUGUGGAGUUGCAUCUGCCAACUGCAUCGCCAGUUACUUACCGAACUCAGGUUAUUGACAACUCCAGUGACCCUGAGUGGAAUGAAACUUUCCGGUAUAGAAUUAACAGUUCUGUCAAGAACACUCUUGAGUUGACACUCUUUGAUGAAGAUGUUCUUGUUAGCGAUGAACUUACUUCUGUUGUCUUUGAUGUGACGGGAAUUAAGCCAGGCCGUCCUGUGAAAAACACUUUCAAACUAAAAGAAGACAAGGAGGAGCUUGACGUAGUGUUUUUGCUAGAGAAAAGUUCGGAUACUCCUACUGAAGUUCUCACAAAUGGAGUCCUUGUGGCCUAUCCGUGCCUUUGCCUGCAAGGAGUAAUUAACAAAGAUGAAAAGUUCAAGCUGACAGAACACGGCACCAACCAAUUCAAGCUUUCACUUCCAGGAUCAUAUGAGAAGCAGCUGAACAUCCCUUGCAAGCUAGACUCUGAUCAGAAUUGUGAGAUUCCAUUUGUCUUUCACAUUGGCAAAGAUAUAUGUUCAGAACUGGGUGUGGAGGUGGAACAAACCAUUACAGUCCUUCAGGAUGGAGUGAGUCCUGACUUUGAAAAGCACAGCACGGUUCUUGGAUCAGGGACUGUUCCGUUUCAUUCACUUCCUUUGGGAAAGGACACUGAAAUGACUGUUCCAUUAGGAAAAGAACAAAGUGUGAAUCUACAUGUGAAAGCUGAACAAAUCAAAAGAAACCUUGAUGUUCGUCUUGGUUUUGAUCUUUGUCAAGAAGAGCGGCAAUUUUUGGACAAGAGGAAGAAAAUAGUUUCUCAGGCACUAAGUAAGGCACUCAAACUGAGAGAGGACCCCAGUAAAGAUGAGGUUCCUGUGAUAGCAGUCUUAGGAUCUGGUGGAGGGAUGAGAGCACUGACAUCAUUCUAUGGCAGUCUGCUUGGGCUUCAGCAGUUAAAUCUUCUGGAUGCGGUCAUAUACCUCUGUGGAAUUUCUGGCUCUACUUGGUGUUUGUCAACAUUGUACCAGGACCCUGAAUGGUCAUGCAAAGAUCUCAGACAGCCAAUCAGUAAUGCCUGUGAUAAAAUAUCCAGCAGUAAAGUGGGAGCCUUUUCCUCAGAGCGUCUAAAGUAUUAUUUCCAGGAACUGAAUGCAAUGGAGAAUGAGGGACGCAGAGCUUCUUUCACAGAUCUGUGGGGGCUUAUUGUAGAGUAUUUCCUACUGCAGAAGCAAACACUUUUGGGACCAACAGUAGGCUGCUUUGCGGAGGUGAAGGUGGGGAAAGAUCUGCUUCAUCAGCUUGUUCUGCGAGCUUUUGUGCUGGAUCCUACCCAAUGGCCCAUCUAUGCAGCUGUUAAUGUGAGGCCCAAUGUUAGUGGAGAUGACUUUGCAGAAUGGUGCGAGUUCACUCCAUAUGAAGUCGGAUUUCGCAAGUAUGGUGCUUUUAUCCGAACGGAAGAUUUUGACAGUGAGUUCUUCAUGGGACGGCUGAUUAAGAAACAUCCUGAACCCCGGAUCUGCUGUCUUCUGGGAAUGUGGGGCAGUGCCUUUGCAGCAAGCUUGGAUGAUGUCUUUCUGAAGGUGGUUGGUUCAGGAUUGAACUUUCUAGAAUCUCUGGGUGAUGUUGUCAAAGUUAUAGAUGAUAGUAAACGAUUCCAUUUCCGAGAUCCUAUGAGGCUGAAGACUCGUCUGGUUAUACCAGGUGGACCAUUACUGCAAACCUUCCAGGAUUUUUUCAAGUCACGAGUUACAGCUGGGGAAACCUUCAAUUUCAUGCAGGGCUUGUUCCUCCACAGGGAUUACGUCAACCUUAAUAAAUUUGUGGCCUGGAAAGGCACCCAUUUAGAUGCUUUUCCUAAUCAGCUGACUCCAAUGGAAGAGAACCUCUACCUGGUGGAUGGUGGUUUUUCCAUCAAUUCUGCCUUUCCCUUGGUUCUUCAACCAGAACGAGAUGUUGAUAUCAUUCUGUCAUUCAAUUACUCUUGGGAAGCGCCUUUUGAGGUCCUACAACUGACACAGAAAUACUGCAAAGAACGGGAGAUACCAUUUCCAAAAAUUAUCUUGAACAAAGAAGAUGAGGAGCAUCCUAAAGAGUGUUACAUGUUUAUCGAUGCUGAGAAUGCAAGGGCCCCCAUAGUCCUUCACUUCCCUCUAGUUAAUGACACAUUCUACAAAUACAAAGCACCAGGAAAAGAACGUGAAUCAGAAGAGGAGGUAGAGUUUGGUGAUUUUGCAGUUGAAGGAAAAGAUUCACCAUACCGAACACUAAAUUUCACAUUUGAGCCCCGUGAAUUUGACAGACUGGUAGAAUUGAAUUGUUACAAUGUGCUGAAUAAUAAGGAUGCAAUUUUGGAAGCAUUAAAUUUGGCUUUAAACAGGCGAAAGUUGAAAAAUGAUAAUAACAGGAGGGGAUAAGUGCUUCAUGAACAAUUCAGGUAGAAAUAAUGAGCCUACAAAGUACCUUUUUGUGUGAAUGGAAAUUGAACCACUGAACUCCCUUCACAUUGCACUGAAAACUGAGUUUGCAUACCAAAGAAACACUUUACUCUUACCUGAUUCUGUCUUCAGUUCUCUACAGCAGACGGGGGUCAUUUCGUAGAAAAAGAGGUGCAGCAGCU